AUGUCGUCUACAAUAAACAUGAUGUCAACUCAAGUAGCUAUGUUUUGUUCCUCAGAUGCAGUUAGUAACUUUUGGUGUCUUGAGACAUUAGGUAUUCGUGACCCAAUAGAAACGAAGACAAAACAAGAGGCAAGAUUAGAGGUACUGGCAAACUUUGAGGAGAAUGUGUCGGUUAACGACGAGGGUCGUUAUGAAGUAUUUUUGCCGUGGAAGGUAGGUCAUAAUGAAUUAUUAAAUAACUACGAUUUAGCUUAUCGACGUCUACAGUCAGUAACGAAAAAAUUACAAUCGUCUGACAUCUAUGAGAGCUAUGAUAAAGUGUUUGAUGAAUGGCUUAACCUCGGCAUUAUAGAGAAAGUUACGAACCCAGAUGAACACAAAGGUUCAUCACAUUAUUUACCUCAUAGACCAGUCAUUAAAGAAGAAAGUCUCACGACUAAAAUUCGACCGGUAUUUGACGCGUCGGCUAAAGACAAAUAUGGUAAGUCGCUGAAUAUAUGUCUUGAUACUGGCAUCAAUAUGCUGGAUAAAAUACCUAAGCUACUGAAUGGAUUUAGGAAAGGAGGAAUAGGAAUUACAGCAGAUAUAGCUAAGGCUUUUUUACAAAUAUCGAUUACACCUUUAGAUAGAGAUAUGUUAAGAUUUUUAUGGUGGGAUAAGGAUAAUAAAUUAAUCACUUUUAGACAUCGUAGAGUAGUUUUUGGUUUAACAUGUAGCCCAUUUUUAUUAUCGGCUACGAUACAACAUCAUCUCAAUAACGUCAGUAAUUACAAUCGAGAUACAGCAGAUAUAUUAUCUGAGUGUUUUUAUGUAGAUAAUGUAGUCACUAGUUUGGAUAGUGAAGAAGAUGUAUGGAGAUUCGAAAAGGAGGCUAAAGUCAUUAUGAAUCAAGCCAAGUUUGAUCUUAGACAAUGGGUUAUAUCUCCUACGUCACAUAAAAAUACAGACAAGGUUAUUUCGGUUUUAGGACUCCAUUGGCAUACAUCAAGCGAUACAUUUAGUUGUAAUAUGUCAUCAUUUUGUGACUUAAAUAAAAUUGUUGUUACUAAACGAAGUCUAUUAUCUAUAGCUCAAAAAAUUUAUGAUCCUAUUGGUUUUACAUCAGCUGUUACAUUAAUACCUCGACUUAUCCUUCAGGAGACAUGGUGUCGCAAUUUGGAAUGGGACAGUCCUCUGCCUAGUGAUUUAAAUGAAAAAUUUGAAUUAUGGUGUACAAGUUUAUGCCAACUUAAACAUUGUAAGAUUCCUAGGCGACUUACAGAAGGUCCAUUUUCUGAAUGUAUAUUACAAUUACAUAUGUUUUGUGACGCCAGCAGUAAUGCAUACGCUGCAUGCAUAUUCUUAAGGUCUGACUAUAAAGGCAAAAUAACAAUACGAUUGAUUUCAGCGAAAUCAAGAAUUGCACCUCCUAAAAAACCAUCUAUUCCACGUUUAGAACUGUUAGCUGCAUUAAUUGGAUCAAGAUUAUUGGCAGAGUCACGUAGAGAUUUGAAAUUAGAAUGUGAGGAAUAUUGCUGGACUGAUUCAAAUGUAGCAUUGUGCUGGAUUAAAAAGGAACUACAAUGGAAUACGUUUGUAGGUAACAGAGUUAGAGAAAUACGGAAGAAUACUGAUGUUAAUAAUUGGUUUCAUAUUCCAGGAAAUUCUAACUGGGCUGACUUACCAUCGCGAGGAUGUGAUGCUGCAAUUCUAUUGACUUCUGGUUGGCUGGAAGGUCCGCAAUGGCUGAAAUCGGAAAAUAAUAAAUGGAUAAACUUACCUGUUUCCGUAGAUAAUGAAGAAGUAAACCGCGAGCUGAAAAAAUCAACAAUUUGUAGUACUAACAUAUGUUCAGAAGAAAUAGUAACAAAUAAAUGGUUUUCUUACUUUUCUAAGUAUAACAAAAAUAUAAGGAUGAUGGCAUGGAUACUUAGAUUUUUAUACAACACUCGAAAUGAAACAAAGUUAAAGGGAGAUUUAAGUUAUAUAGAAUAUGAGGAAAGCGAAAGAAGAAUCUUCAAGCUUAUUCAAGUAGAAAGUAAAGAAUUUAUUAAAAGUAAAAUUAAGGGAAUAAGUCAUUUUUAUGACAAGAAUAAUUUAAUAAGAACAAAAACAAAGCUUUUACUUACCGACUUUCCAGAAAGCACGAAGUAUCCAGUUAUACUACCAGCGAGGAAUAUUUUAAUAUAUAGACUGGUGGAACAAAGACACGCUCUGUUGCAACACGCUGGAUUAAAUACCGUGUUAGCUGAUUUACGCAGUAAGUACUGGAUUAUAGGUGCUAGACAAUUAGUAAAGGCAAUAAUUUCACGUUGCUGUGUAUGUAAACGCUACAGAGCCAAACAUGUACAGGUAUCGACUGCUCCAUUACCUGUAGAGCGUACACGUUGUUCUGCUCCUUUUGAAAUUACUGGUGUAGAUUUAGCUGGACCACUGAUUUUACGCGAUGGACAAAAGUGCUGGAUCGUAUUGUAUACAUGUGCAGUCUAUAGAGCUGUACAUUUAGAAGCAACCAGAUCACUCUCGACUGAAGCAUUUAUGAUGACCUUUCGUCGGUUCAUAGCUCGACGAGGAAGAGUCAGCAUUAUGAUGAGUGACAAUGGUACAAAUUUUGUCGGAACAAAAAAUUUACUAUCAGAAAUAGACUGGACAAAAGUUGAACAAGAUUCUGUUAUACAGGGUAUAAAAUGGAAACUUAAUGCACCUACUGCUGCGUGGUGGGGUGGAUUUUGGGAACGGUUAAUUCGAAUUUUGAAGGAUUUAUUGAAAAGAGUAUUAGGCAAGUCAUCUGUGACAUAUGAAGAGCUUCAAACUAUACUUUGUGAUUGUGAAGCGACGUUAAAUGGACGGCCUUUAACUUAUAUCGAAGAUGAGAAAAGUAAUUCGUUAGAACCAUUAAAACCCAUACACUUUUUACAACCCAUACUACAAUCUGAUGUCACAGAUUUAGACGAAUUAGACAGAAAUAGUUUAAAUAAAAGAUUGAGAUUUAUACAAAAAUUAAGAGAAGAUUUCCGACAAAGGUUUAAAACUGAAUAUUUGACGACAUUGGUUCAGAAAGGUAAAGAAAAGACAAAUGACUUGAAAAUAGGUGACGUUGUAUUGAUCGAGACUGAUGAAAAAAGGAUUAAAUGGCCAUUAGGUGUGGUGACAAAUAUUUUCACAGGUCGAGAUCAAGUUUGUAGAACGGCUCAACUAAAAACUUCAACGGGGUUGAAAAUACGACCUUUCCAAAAACUAUAUCAAUUAGAAGUUAGUGAUCCUUCGGUAGUAUUGUCUCGUCCAAGGUCGGAGAAUGGUGAUAGUAAUAUAGAGGUAUCGAGGUCGGUAAAUAAUGUUGUUCCUAUUUCCACACAGGUUGGGCAGACUACUCGUACGGGUCGACACAUAAAGAUUCCAAGUAGGUAUUUGUUGUAA